GCGCGUCGGGUCGUUGCUCGGGCGGCGUCGCUGCUGCUCCCGGGAGCCUGAGGAGGCGUCGGGGCCGCGGCUCCCGCGUCGGCCGUGAGGUGAGCGAGCGCUCGCGUCGGCGCGGCCCGGGCCGGCCUCGGGCAGGGUCUGCAGGGCGGGGCCGGCUCGGGCGCCGCCGCCGCCGGGUGCGUGCUCGCUGCGUGCCCGUCGCUGCCCCGGCGGCCCCUGACGCCGCCUUCCUCUCAGACGCGUCUCCGCCCUUCCGGGCCUGCGGGGUCGCCGCAGCUGAGGGACGCGGCUGGCGCGGGGCUCCUCAGCUCAGGGGGCGCGGCGGGCGCGGGGCUCCUCAGCCGAGGGGCGCCGAGUGACCGCUCCCGCGUCCCCCUCGAACCCCCCGCGAGGCGGCCCGGCCGGGGGGCGUGGACGUGUCGGGCUCGGCUGCCCGGCCGAGGGGGGCGGAGACAGUUGGGAGCUGAGGGCCGAGCGGGCGCUCCUGAGGCGGAGAGGAGACCUGAGGCGGAGUGUGGAGACCUGAGACGGUGUGAGGACUCCUGGCAGGCGCGCUCGCUGUCUCCCCUUCCCCUGGAAGAGCAGUUCCCAGUGGGCGCCGUCCCCAGACGUCUGUAGGCGUCACCCAAGAGCACAUCCAAGGCUUAAUAGAGGUAUUCUGAAAUUGUCUCGAAUUUGGGAAUAUUACAUAUCUUUAAAAAAAAAAAGAGUCAGAAUUAACAUUUUGUGUCAGUUCUUUUUUCAAGCCAUUGAGUUUGUUUAAUACGAUAUUAAAAACUGAAGCAACCAGUUACCUAAGAGCGAUGAUAUAACCUGAAAGUGUACUUGGUAUUUUAGGACAGAGGUUUAGCCCACCCGAGUAAACUUACACGUACAAAUGCAGUGAAUUUGACCGCGUAGGAGGAGCCUGCCCCCAUUUGUUUGUUUUACUGGUAUUACAAUUUAAUGUGGGUGAAAACCCUUCAGGUGAAGAUUCAUCGCCAAGUAAAGCCACUCAUGCACAAAACUACCUCCCAAAGACUUGUUCUAGGUCUUUCGUAUAAAAAAAUUAAGAAUAUAAUGGAAGAUAGCACAAUCUUAUCAAAUUGGACAGACGACAGCAAACAAAAAAUGAAAUAUGACUUUUCCUGCGAGCUCUACCGAAUGUCCACAUACUCCACCUUCCCGCCUGGCGUGCCUGUCUCGGAAAGGAGCCUGGCUCGAGCAGGGUUUUAUUACACCGGUGUGAUUGACAAGGUCAAAUGCUUCUGCUGUGGCCUGAUGCUGGACAACUGGAAACAAGGAGACAAUCCUGUGGAAAAGCAUAAGAAGUUGUACCCCAGCUGCAGCUUUAUUCAGAAUCUGGUUUCUGAUGCUCAUCUGGAAUCCACCUCUAAGAGUGUUCCUUCUCCGGCCAGAAGUGGUUUCACACAUUCCUUGUCUCCCACCUCGGAGCCUGGUGACUCAUUGACUGAUUCUUUUUCCAACCUUUCAUUCAACCCUGUUCAUUCUAGAGCAGGUGAGGACUUCUCCCCAACGAGGACUAACCCCUACAGUUUUGCCAUGAGUACUGAAGAAGCAAGAUUUCUUACUUAUCGCAUGUGGCCAUUAACUUUUCUGUCACCGUCAGAAUUGGCAAGAGCUGGAUUUUAUUAUAUAGGACCUGGAGAUAGAGUUGCCUGUUUUGCAUGUGGUGGGACACUCAGUAACUGGGAGCCAAAGGAUGAUGCUAUGUCAGAGCACCGGAGGCAUUUUCCAGACUGUCCGUUUUUGGAAAAUUCUCUAGAAACGCUGAGGUUUAGCAUUUCAAAUCUGAGCAUGCAGACAUGUGCAGCUCGGCUGAGGACGUUUAUGUGCUGGCCAUCCAGUGUUCCCGUUCAUCCGGAGCAGCUUGCAAGUGCUGGUUUCUACUGUGUGGGUCGCAAUGACGAUGUCAAAUGCUUUUGUUGUGAUGGUGGCUUAAGGUGUUGGGAAUCUGGAGAUGAUCCGUGGGUAGAGCAUGCCAAGUGGUUUCCCAGGUGUGAGUUCUUGAUACGCAUGAAAGGGCAGGAGUUUGUUGAUGACGUUCAAGCUAGAUAUCCUCAUCUUCUUGAACAGCUGUUGUCCACUUCAGACACUGCUGGAGAGGAAAUUGCUGAUCCACCAAUCCUUCACUUUGGACCCGGAGAGACGCCGUCGGAAGAUGCCGUCAUGAUGAACACACCUGUGGUCAAGGCAGCCUUAGAAAUGGGCUUCAGUAGGAGGCUGGUCAGACAGACAGUGCAGAGCCAGAUCCUCACAGCUGGAGAGAACUACAAGACAGUUAGUGAUCUUGUGUCAGCACUUCUUAAUGCGGAAGAUGAAAACAGAAUCGAGGAGAAGGAAAGACAAGCUGAAGAAAUGGCUUCAGAUGAUUUAUCGCUGAUUCGGAGGAAUAGAAUGGCACUCUUUCAGCAAUUGACGUGUGUGCUGCCUAUCCUGGACAAUCUUUUGAAGGCUAAUGUCAUUAAUAAGCAGGAACAUGAUAUUAUUAAACAAAAAACACAGGUGCCUUUACAAGCAAGAGAACUAAUUGAUACAGUGUUAGUUAAAGGAAAUGCUGCAGCCAACAUCUUCAAAAACUGCCUGAAAGAAAUUGAUUCUACUAUAUAUAAGAACUUAUUUGUGGAAAAGAAUAUGAAGUAUAUUCCAACAGAAGAUGUUUCAGGUCUGUCCUUGGAAGAGCAGUUGAGGAGGUUGCAAGAAGAAAGAACUUGUAAAGUGUGUAUGGACAAAGAAGUUUCUAUUGUAUUCAUUCCUUGUGGUCAUCUGGUAGUAUGCCAGGAGUGUGCACCUUCUCUACGAAAAUGCCCUAUUUGCAGGGGCAUAAUUAAAGGAACUGUUCGUACGUUUCUCUCAUAAAAGAAAAGUGGGCUAUGCCUUAGCUCAUUUUAGUAGGUUAAAAAAUAUUUAACAGAUCAUCUGAAAUAUAAAAAGAAGAAAUAUUGAGUCUUUUAUUGGUAACAUUUGUGUUCCUGAUUUGGUAUUAGUGAUCUUGUUUUUUUUUUUUUUAAAAGGAGCACUAAUGCCAUAUUUAUUCUUAAUCUCUUUCUGUGAAGGGAAGGUUAGUUUGUUGAGCUGUAUUAGUGUUAUCUCUUUAAGCUUAGACAUUAAAGUGUUAUCAGCGGGCUCAGGUUGGAGUAUGGGUCUGGCCUUCACGGGCCCUGGUUCCAUCCCUAGCACCACAUGCUUAAAACUAAACUAGUAAGUGAAAGGCACAGUCCCAGUUUUUCUGUGUCGUUUCCAGAGGGAACUGGAUUGUGCCAGAGAUCGGUCCCAGAUCAUCAUGAUAUAUGAAUGUUCAAACACUAGGCCACAGACAUCUGUGGCCUGACAUGGUGUUCUUUUGGAGGCUUGGGGUACCGCAUUAGAAUGAAGUUUAAAGGAACAGGAGAACCAGAAACUCGGGGGUUUAUUAAAGUUAUGGUGCCAAAUUGUCUGAAAAUGUUUUGUUGUGUUAGAGAUUUUUUCCAACUAGCAAAUAAGAUUUCCCCUAAUUUGUGAGAUAUCUUAAUAAAGAUUUUUGAAAAAGAUUA